CAGGACGCACCUCUCCUCUCCUCCUCUCCUCCUCCUCCUCCUCCUCUUCCUCCUCCUCUCCGGAGCAGUGCGCCGGCCGGAGCUCACUCUGCCGGGUACAGAGAGGGAUGAGGCCCCGGCAGGCAGCCCGGGAACAGCGAGGAGAUACAUGGAUGUAAUGGUUGUGGAGACGUCGCUGCUGGUUCUUCACGGACCUGACGGAUUGUGAGCGCGUCACAGUGGGAACUUUACGCAGCGCGGAGUUUUGUUGUGGAUGAAUUUUACGCGUCGAUGAUGGAUCAUUAUGUUUAAAUCAACUCCAAACGGACUCUGGAAUCUAAAGACUGUUCUUGUCUGUGUAACUUUCUGAGUCACCACGUAAACUUUUUUCUCCCGGAGAUGGAGCCGGAGGAGGGGAAGGUCUCCGUGUGGGUAUGCCGGGAGGAGAAGCUGGUCUCCGGCCUGACGAAGCGAACCACCUGCGCCGACGUGGUGAAGGUUCUGCUGGAGGACCAGAACCUGCAGCAGGGCACCUCCGCCGCGAUGCUGUCCGGGUCCCCGCAGUCCUACUGCUUGGUGGAGAAGUGGCGGGGCUUCGAGAGGACCCUACCGAACAAGACCAAGAUCCUGCGGCUGUGGAGCGCCUGGGGAGACGAGCAGGAGAACGUCCGCUUCGUCCUGGUGAAGACCGACGCGUCGCUGCCCAACAACGGGCCCCGCAGCGCCGAGGCCCGGGUGGUCCAGAGCCGGGACAGCGGGGGUCCGGGCGCCGGGCUGAAGGGAACCGCCAAGAGCUGCUGGACCGCCGCGGCCGCCGCAGCCAACCUGUCCCAGGAGAAGCAGCGGCGCAUCGUGCGCAAGGCUUUCAGGAAGCUGGACAAGAUGAACAAGAAGAAGGAGCACACCGUGUGCAAGGACCAGGGCUCCGUGGAGAAGAUGGAGACCCUGGUGCACCUGGUGAUCUCCCAGGACCACACCAUCCGGCAGCAGGUCCAGCGGGUCAAGGAGCUGGACCGGGAGAUCGAGCGCUACGAGACCAAAGUGCACUUCGACCGCAUCCAGAGACACGGGGUGAACUAUGUGCAGGACACAUACAUGGUGGACGCGGCGGCGGACCCCGCGGCCGCCGGCCCGGACUGCCAGGACGCGCGCUGCACCGCGGAGGCGCUGGCGCAGUUCGAGGAGUACGCGCGCCGCUGCGAGGAGGUCGUGCGGCUGCAGGAGGAGCUGACGGAGCGGGAGGCGCUGGUGGAGUGCAUCACCGGGGAGAUCCAGGAGGAGCUGAACCGCCGCUGGAUGACGCGGCGGCGGGAGGAGAGAGGAGCCGAGGACGCGGAGGACGCCGCGGAGGAGACGAGCCGCGCCGCGUCCGCCGCUCCAGCUGUGGAGCCAGAUGCUGAGAGUCAGUCCGAGGACGAGGUCCUGUUCGAGGAGGAGAGGAUCAAGACACAGCUGGACACGAGUCUGUACAUCGGCCUGAGGCUGAAGACAGACCUGGACUCCAUCAGGGGGGACUUGGACCUGAGUCUGGCACUCUGGGAGACCAAGGAGAGCGAGCUGCUGGAGCUGCUGGCCCGGGUGGAGAGCAUGGACAUGGAGCAGGUGGAGGGCUCGGUGGGUGAUGGUGCUGAGGAGCAGCUGGGGGCAGGGAGCGCUGACACUGAAGCUGCCCCCUCGGAGAAGAGCAGCGGCUGGGUGGAGCAGGCCAGAGGACUGUCCAAGGCCUGCAGCACCAACGACGACGACUCGGACACAGGCCUGAGCUCCAUGCACAGCCAGGACUCCGACAACCCGCCUGUGUGCGAGUCGCUGGUGUAACUUUGGACUCGAACGCAAGAGCCACAAACUCAGGGGCCGAGAAAUCAGUGUUGGUCGAAAGGGGGAGAUGGUCUUCCUUCCUCAAAACGCACCUCAGUACGGACACUGUAAUUCUAUAGCAAUAAUUUCUGUAUGUAGUCGUUGCACAAUAAGCUAGGAGGGGGUGCUGCUCCACCGCUGACCUUUGACCUCCGUGUGGAGAGGCAACAAACUAGACCACGUGUUAGGAGAAUUAGCCUCGAAGAGUAUUAAAGCAGUAUUGUGUAGUCCUCAAACUGGUUUACACAGAUCUGAUCACAGAGCGCUGAUAAGAGCUGAGGCUGAGAUGUGAGGCUGAGAGGUUUCAAACGGAAAGUUUCCCUUUAAAAGGUCAACGCACAGGACAGUCUGAUGUCAUCACACACACACACACACACACACACACACACACACACACACAGGUCAGACACACACAUGCUGUCCAAGCUCGUUCAGUCAGACACACAAAGAAGCAGCAUCAGUUCAGUGUCGUACCAAAAAUCAUCAUUUCAAUUUGUAGAAAUCCUUAAGUUUUAUCAGAUUAAGAAAGAAAAACGGCAAAUAUUGUGAUCAGGAGUUUACAUGGACACCGAUAUUCUCAGAUUAAGACGAUAGAAUUACGAGUAAAGUCGUGAUAUUAUGAGAAAAAUGUCUUUUCUUUACAAGAAAAAGUUGUAAGUUGUAAUUUUACUUAAAUAAAGCUGUAAUACUACCAAAAAAGUCAUAAUAUUACUAGAAUAAAGUCGUAAUUUAACAAGAAUCAAGUAAUUUUCACAAAGUUGAUCUUCUGAUAUUCACCCUCUAACAUUAUUCUUGUUAAUGUAUUUUUAUUCUUGUACAUUUACAACUUUAUUCUACAAAUCUCAGAUCUUCAUUUCCUUAAAGUCGCCCUAAUACUCCGUCGUACUGAGUCAGACACUUUCAUGUAAACAGCGUUUUCCGAUCACCUUAACUUGAAUAAGCUCAUAUAGGAAUAAUCAAUAAUCAUUAAGAUGUGGAGUAUUCCCACAUUAGUUGCAGUUUCCUGUCUGAUCCCGUCUGAGCCCAAGAGAAAACGAACCAGGCCUCGACAGACGUUGUGAGUCUGAACCCGACCAGAACCCCUCAUGUAAACGUCCUAAUCAGACUCAUUCAGAAGAAGGUGAACAGUCAGAUCGUCGGUGUCCAUGUAAACGUCUCUGAUCCGUUUCCCUCAGCACAGUCGACACUUCACAUCGUCCUCAGUGUAGAUGUAAAGUCUCUGAAGCACAAAGAGUCGUGUUGGUUUAGUGUUAGAGAUAAAAACAUGUGGUACCUGUUCUGUCUCUGCAGCUCAGUCAGUGGAUGUUUAGUGGAUCUAUCAGUCUUUAACAUCUCUUAUAGAAACUACACACGCUGUCGGCUGUAGCUUCACAUUCACGUGACAUGAGAGUGAUGUCGAUCUCAUCUCAUCAUCACACGUUAUGGAUGUUUCUGAGCUUCAGGGGUCACGACCUCCAGGCUGGGAACCUCUGGUUUAAAGCACAGGGAACAGAUUCAGAUUCAGAUCCAGAUUCAGUGCAGCGUCGUCACAGCAACAUCACAUCAGAGCAAAACACGGAGAUUCUGGGCACUUGCUUGAUUAAAGGAGGGUUCCAACAAUUUACUGCUGUCCUCUGUAAAGAAAACUGAAGCAGGAGAGACGGAUCCACCCUGAUAGGUCAAAAUCAGUAUCCUACAUUUCCCACAAUGCAACUUGACAGCAUUUGUAAUCAGACUUUCCUGCCUCUUGCUAAACUAAAGUUUAUUUAAUGUGUGAAAUUGGUUGAAUGCCCCUUUAAAAACAUGAGUUUGGCUUGUUUCCCUAAAAAAACAUCACAAACAAGUAAAACCUUGAAUUUGUAUUGAGGUUAAACUUCAGAAACGAUUUGCUUGUAGUAGAAGUUGGUUUGAUAAGGAAAAAUCCACCAGGGACACAAACAUGAGUCAGAACAACAGAGAACUACGAUCUACAAAGUCAAUGAAGUGUUUCUGGAUCGAUCAGCAAAGAUUUACUAGAGAAAAACCAGGAGAAAUUCACAUUUAAAGUCAUUUUGGGCCUCGUCUGCUGAAUUCUACGUCCUGUUUAAUCAUAGACUAUAAAUGAAGAUGGACAACGCGUCUCUACUUCCUCUCGUAGAACAGGAAUGAAGCUAAACUACCCUGGAUACACGUGCACUUUAUUUGAAGCCAGAGUCUGUGUAGUGGUGAUGGAAGAGCGGAGCCAUCUUGUUUUUAUAUCAUCGGGAAAAAAACCCAAACUUAUCAGAAACACUGUGUGAUCAGAACUACCUAAAAUGACAGAAAUCAUCUUUAAGAAAAAAUGUUUCUAACGUGUACUUUGAUUUCUUUGUUUGACCAAUGUCCCGUCCACUAACUUGGAGGAGGUGGGUGUUUAUCUUUAUUUACAGUCUAUGUUCUGAACGUCUGAGUCAAAGAAGCUUUUGUUUAAUAAUCUCCGAGACAUAAAGAUGAACUAUUUUAAUCCUUAGUUCACUCAUUACGUCCUGGAAGUGGCUCCUGGUGAAUAUGUGUGUGAUCUGUUCUCUCUGGUUCCAAGACCUGCACAGACGAGACCGAGAGGAAAAACAUUAAUUCAAGAUCUUCCCUCGAGUAAACACACCGCUCAGUAUUUGCGUGGGGCCGUCGUGAUGUCACAUCGUACAUGUUUGACUUUGUGUGAAAAGUAAAAAAACCUUUGUAACACCCAGAGGAGACUGUGGCUUUAGCCGUUAGCUGUGUCCAGACACCAACAUAUAUCCUGUGUAGCUAAUUCAUGUCGUGUGAUCGGCGAAGCUUCUUCAGCAGCUGUGAGGCGACAGCAAGAAAAACGAUGGGAUGUUCUGUGGCUGCAUCGUAACACCAGUCAGCUCCUUAUUACACAUGACUGUUAGUGGUGAAAUAAACAGUGAAACACA